ACCAUCACCACUUGGGAUUUUAAAAAUUCAAUACGAGGUGGUCUAUUUUGGCGGUAAUGAUGUCCAAGAUGGCAACCAACGGAAACCUAAAAUUCACAAAAUGUAUGCGGCCAUGGAUGCUAAGAGAGGGAUUGGCAAAAAUAACUCCUUACCUUGGAGGCUGAAGAAUGAAAUGGCUUACUUCACAAGAAUCACUUCUUCAGUCAAGGAUGCAGGAAAGAAGAAUGCUGUUAUCCUUGGAAGGAAGACAUGGGAAUCCAUACCAAAGAAAUACAGGCCAUUGCCAAACAGAUUAAAUGUAGUUUUAAGCAAAACACUGUGCUCAAAAGAUGUACCUGAUGGUGUAAUAGUGGAAAAGACCCUUGAUAGUGCCUUGCAGCAAAUUUCAAACAGAAUAGAUGUUGAGGAGGUUUUUGUUGUUGGUGGAUCAAGCGUCUAUGAGGAAGCUAUCAAGUCCCCACAAUGUGAUCGCAUUUACCUUACUCAUGUUCAAGGGGAUUAUGGAUGUGAUAUAUUUUUCCCUCAGUUUGAUGAAGAAGUAUACAAGAAAGUAAGGUGGGUAAAUCUAUUGAAGGUGGUGCGACAGCAUGCGACUGUGCAGGCAGGCAUGCGCUCG